AUGUUAGAAAAGCGAAAUGUUUUUUCUGAAACUGCCGUGUCAGCACAGCAAAAAAAGGCACAAAAAUGUUGCCGUAAGCAAGAAUUCAUCACCACCCUUGUAAAUAUUAAACCUCAACUUCAAGGUUGUUUGUUAUUUUGUGUGAUUUUAGAAAACUUUUUAUUGGCAAAAGAAUUUAUCAGUUCUUUUUGUGCAGUCGACACUUCUGAAACACAUUUCACUUAUCUUUUUUUACUGAUAACAUAA